AUGAGUGAGACUGUUCGAGUCGCAGUUAUUGGAGCUGGCAUCAGUGGGGUGGUCACUGCUGGCCACCUUUUGGCUGCUGGAAUCCAGGUGACAGUGUUUGAGAGAAAUGAUGCAGCUGGUGGUGUUUGGCUUUAUGAUAAGCGUACUCCAAUUGAAGCCCAGUACCCAUCACCGAGACCGUCUACUUCAGAGGAAUAUGUGAAGGAUGAGAGGGAAGAAAACGAAAGAAAGAUCCUACUUCAUGCACCUCCAGGGCCUUGUUAUGAAAGUCUCACCAAUAAUGUCUCGACUCCCCUACUACAGACGACACUUAAUGCAUGGCCAGAAGGAACUCCUCAUUUUGUGAAGCAUCAUGUGCUUAAGGAAUAUAUUCAAGAUACAUCAACCAAGGCUGGUGUUGAUGAUAUAACUAAGUAUGGCGCCCGAGUUACCCGUGUUUAUAAGGACGGGCCAACAUGGACAGUUCAUUGGAGCACUCUGAGCAACGGUCAAGAUCCCGUCGAGAAGAAUGAAUCUGCAACAUUUGACUCGGUCAUUGUUGCCUCGGGUCAUUACCACACGCCUCUCAUUCCAAAUAUACAAGGCCUACCUGAAGCAAAAACUCGAUGGCCGGAGAGGAUCUUCCAUUCAAAGUCUUUCCGAAGGUCGGAAGGAUUUGAAGGAAAGAAUGUACUAUUACUCGGUGGAGGUGUCUCUGCUCUCGAUAUAGCCAAGGAAAUCAGUGGAACCGCAAACCAUGUCUAUCAAAGCACUAGAAAUGGCGCCUUUGAUCUCCCCGCGAGUGCACUUCCAGCAAACGCCUCUAGAAUCGCAGAGGUCGAAGUAUUCGAACCUUCUACAUCAACUACAUCCCCAAACAUUGGGCCCUUGCCCUUAACCGUACAUCUCAAAUCCGGGGAGUCUUUGCGCGAUAUAGAUACAAUUAUCCUUUGUACAGGGUACCAAAUGGCGCUUCCAUUCCUCGAAGAUUAUAACGACUACGGUGUGUCUGCCGCUGAAGCAAGUGAUAAGGUGCUUGUCACGGAUGGCACUCAAAUUCAUAACUUGCAUCAAGACAUUUUCUACAUCCCAGAUCCAACGCUCGCAUUUGUCGGAAUUCCUUUUUACACUGCGACAUUCUCUUUAUUCGAGUUCCAAGCGAUCGCGGUGGCAGCUUUUCUGUCUGGAGUUGCGCAGCUUCCAUCUCCUGCGACUCUCCGGGCGAAAUAUGAGGAUCGAGUUGAAGAAAAGGGUCUUGGACGGAGCUUCCAUUCACUCAAGGAUCAAGAGAAACCCUAUGUCGACGAAUUGAUCGGAUGGGUCAAUACGGGAAGAGCUGAGCGUGGCUUGUCUUUGAUUGAGGGCCAUACUGAGAUCUGGAUUAAAGAGAGAGCUGCUUUGGUUGAGAGACUUAAGUUAAUUUUGGCUGGACAGCUUCCUCGGGAAGAUGCACUCAAAGCUCCAUUGGAAGUGGCAGUGACUGCGUGA